GUGUGACGUGCGCGCGCGCAGUCUCAGUUGUACCUCCGAGAUUAACAGACGUGUUUAAAGUUUAAAGAAAUGGCGGGUAAAUCUAAUGGUGUUGAUGCGUCGGAUUGGGCUCGAACUCCUCCCACUUCAGGACCCCUGUGGGAGAGGGUUUGUAAGGCAAUUUACAAUCCAGAAGACAAAAGCUUUUUGGGCCGGACGCCGAAACGCUGGGGAAUCGCGUUGGUCUUUUACCUGAUCUUCUACGCAGUGUUGGCAGCCAUGUUUGCAGCGUGUAUGGGAGUGUUGCUUAUGCUCAUAGAUGAGAAAAGACCUAUGUACACACUCGAGAGCUCAUUAAUAGGAGCGAAUCCCGGAGUUGCGUCCAGGCCGUCCGUAGAUGGUUCAUUCCUCUUAGACAAUUCUAACACAAGCAGUUAUGACAGCUACGUCGAUGAGCUGAAAGAUUUCUUUAGCGAUUACAGCACCGAAGAGUGGUAUUUAUCAAAGAAGGGGUGCAAAGAGGACGAUAGUUUCGGCUAUCCCACAUCUCCAUGCUUUUUCAUUAAGUUAAAUAGGAUUUACGGUUGGAAACCACAAUACUAUGAUGCGAAAAGUUUACCUACAGACAUGCCUCAUCACCUCUCGGAAUACAUUUCAUCAUUACCAGAUAUUGAGCAACAACAAAUCUGGAUAUCCUGUGUGGAUGAAGUGUCAAAUGCGACGAGUUACGAAUACCCUUGGGGACGCGGGCUUCCGGGUAGAUUCUACCCGUACCAAAAUGAAGUUGGGUAUAUAAGCCCCGUGUUAGCGAUUAAAGUAACGCCACCUGCGAACACCCCAAUCACGAUUCGAUGCAGAACAUGGGCUAAAAACAUUGUUUACAACAAAAGUUUGAAAGAGCCAUCUGGUUACACUCGUAUCCAACUUUACUUCGAAGAUAACACAAGUCUUAACUCAACGAACACAGAUGGCGCUGAAAUAAAAUAAAAUAUUUUGAGAAAUGUUCAUUAACGUAAUAUUAAUUGGCAUUAAUUUAUUAUUAUCUGUCGAGGUAUGAUAAAUAAUCGGUCAACGCACAACCACUAGUUAUUUAAAUCGAAAUUUCAAUAGUAAUUUAUUAGCCAUUUUAUUAGUUUUCUUUGUUUCAUAUAUUUUGUUAAAAGCACUCCAAUGGAGCAUGCAACAGACACAUUUCUGCGUCUGGUUUUCAUUUGAUAUAUCUGUGAUUGAUCAUAUAUUUUAUAGAAAGAAAUC